GGCUCUCGGAUUAUUAUAACCCCCCCACCACACACACACACACACACACACACGCACACACACACAGAGACAAACACACACGCACAUACACUGCUGUCUUCCUAUUACUUCCACACACACACUCACAGUGAGAGGAGCUUUGCAACAGGAUGAACUCAGCACCCCCUGCAGGAAGUGCUUUAUCAGCUCCAGCGGGCGGAGUCGGCCCAACUACGCCGAAAAAGGGCCCACCAAAAUUCAAACAGAGACAAACACGCACAUUUAAGAGCAAGGCGCCUAAACCUGGGCAGAAAGGGUUUGGUGAUGACAUUCCAGGAAUGGAGGGCCUUGGCACAGAUUUCACGGUGGUGUGCCCCUGGGAGGCCUUCGGUGACAUGGAGCUCAGCGACCUUGCCAAAUAUGGCAUUAUUUAAAUCCCGCCUCUCUUAUCGUCUCUCUGCCUUUAUCUCCACCCCUUCCUAACAGACACCACGCCCGCUCCGAUAAAAGACACUGAUAUUGAUGUAUACAUAUGAAUAUAUUAGAAUUUGUAUUAGAUUCCUCUUAUUAUUAUUACUAUUAUUAUUAGAUUUUAUACUCUUGGUUAUGAUAGGUCUAUCAUCCUUCCUCCUCUGCCACGCCCACCUGCCCUCCCAACAUCACCGUAAUAAUGAAUGUUAAUAGCAGUAGUGCUCUCAUCCUGCACGUGGAUGUGUUCUUAUAUAAAUAAUGCAUUCUAAAUAUUCUGUUCGCUACUAAUCUCCAAUUUUCAGCUUCACCGAUGAAAAAUAAAUGUGAAUGUCUGUUUGGAAUUAUCUGGGGUAGAAUUCAGUAAAGUUUAUAUUUUCAAUAAAAUUGUCUGUUUCAUUAUUAUUAUUAUUAUUAUUAUUAUUAUUAUUAUUAUUCACAGUAACUUGGUGCUUAGCUUGUUUGCCUCGCACCUCCAGAGUUGGGGGCUGUGGAGUUUGCAUUUCCUACGGGUACUCGGGUCCCCCCCCCCACUCCAAUGUCAUGCUUUGUAUUCUGAUUGUGCCCUGCGAUGGGUUGGCACCCUGUCCAAGGUGUCCGCCCUUUGUGCCCUGAGUCUCGCUGGGUUCCAGGAUCCCUGUGACCCCGUUUAGUAUAAGGGAUACAUAAAUGGAUGGAUUCUACUUCUUCUUCUUCUUCUUCUUCUUCUUCUUCUUCUUCUUCUUCUUCUUCUUCUUCUUCUUCUUCUUCUUAAUAUUAUCGCUGUUUUGUGGUAGACAAGAAACGACUGUUAAGAAAUAAGAACUACACUACACUAUCACUACACACUACACUAUCACUACACUAUCACUAUACACUACACUAUCACUACACAGCCCGGACA